AUGAUUGACGCGAGUACACAACCACCUAAGGCGUGCGCUGUCACCCCUUUGCCCUCCCAAACCCCCGGCAAACGCACGUGUGCAUUGAAAGGCGACGCCAUGCUGCUCAGCGUGCACAACAAGCUGCCACGAUGGGCGCGCACGUGGCCGAUGACUCAGCCGCCACCCCAUUGGCUGACGAGUUAUCGUGUCGUGCAAAUCUUGCGCGUGCGCGCGCGCGCGCGCGCGCGAGAUUCAAUUAUUAAUUGUCUGCACGGCCUGUUUGAUUUCGUGCUGGGCGCGCGUCGUUCGCGGGUGAUUAACGCAAUACAGGCGCACGCACAGACUGAAAACAUGAAAUUUGAGGGGGUGGGGCAAGCUGAAGACCCAGUUCUCGUUCAGACCUAA